GCUGGGAGGAGGAGGAGGGGUAAAGAAGCAGAAUUGCCUGCGAUGGACGCCUCGUGGCUCCGAGCGCUGCUCGGCCGACGGCUCCGCCUCGCCCUGGUGGAUGGCACCUACUCCGGGCGCCUGCGGCAUGUCGACGCCUCCAGCAAAGCCGUCGUCUUGCACGAAGUUGAAGAUUUGGAAAAUAAACAACAGCUGCCUGGUGUCAAAAUGUUUUUCGGGUAUGAGAUCAAAAACUUGGCGAUCCUUGAUGACUUGCCAGCUGCAUCUGCAAAUGAGCAAGCAAAUGAUGGCAAAAUAUGAAAAUCUGGAAUAUGAAGACUUGGAAUACAUUAUCAUCGACCAAUUUCAUGAAAAGUUUGGUCCAGCAAUCUUUCACAUUAAACAACAGAAUGUGAUUGGAGUUGCACUGAAAGGUAUUAACGUCUGCCGCUUUGGGAAACUGUGCUGGAUACAGAUUUCAACAAAAUAUCGGAUUUACUGCUUUGAUAUUUUUCUGCUGGGAGCAGCAACAUUUAGAAAUGGACUAAAAAUGAUUCUGGAGGACUCUAAUAUACUGAAGGUGAUACACAACUGUCGCUUGGUCUCCGACUGCCUGUACCACCAAUAUCAGGUGGACCUCACCAAUGUCUUUGAUACUCAGGUUGCUGAUGUUAUGCAGUUCUUCAAAGAAACAGGAGGCCUUCUUCCCAGUUGUGUCAGUACUUUAGAAGAAUGUCUAGUUCGUCACCUCGGCCUCUCUCGAACAAAAAUCCGAUCCUUGCAGCACAGUGCGUGUGCUCUUAAGGUUAAUCCAAAUGUGUGGAGCUGCCGUCCACCCCCCCGACACUUGCUGCAGAGUGCAGGAAUGGAAGUCAUGCUUCUGCUCUCACUCCGCACUGUUUUGAUGGACAAGCUAAUGAUGGAUUUCACAACGCAAGUGGAUAACUACAUGAGCAUGUACAGAAAUAUGCCCAACAUUUCUUUUGGGUAUGCUGAGAUUUCCUCACUGGAGCUUCCGUAUGAAUUGAAGGAGUUAACUGUUAUUCAUAAGUUAAGACGAGAGGAUGCGCUAAAGAAAUAUAGAACUGAUGAGAAUGGCCUCCUAGUGCGACCAUACCCUCACUUUGAAAAUAACCCCAAGGAAAGGAUAAUAAACAUAGACGACAUUCCAGAGCUUGAAACAACCAAGACAUCAAGAGGAGAUGGAAUUGAAGUGCAGAAUGAGUGAAUUCCAUUGCUCAAGCCCAGUCCUGAUUGUGGUGAAGACAAUUGUCCUCGCCUGGAGCGAAUCAGUCUUUCAGCAGCCAAACCUUGAAGAAAAUUCAUGCCCAUCAAUGCAGAGAACCCAACUGUGUUGUGUUGGGAUAGUGAUGUAACGAUAGUGCUGUGGAGAUGAUCAAACAUUUCCAACUGGGUUGCUGUGCCAAGAAACUCGAGUUACACAUCAACGUGAUUCCCAAGAUCUUUGGACCAAACCAAGACCUCUCUGAAGACAGUACAUUUCAAAUGAAUCCCAAAAACCUACUUUUCAAAGUCAAAUUUAAUUGUCACAUGCACCCGAAGAUGCAGUGAAAUUUCAGAAAUGGGUUGACUCUUCAAGAAAUUUUGUUGGGCCACACUGGCCUGGACCCGCUUCUGAUGGUAGCUUCUUUGGGUGACUGAUUGGCUUUUAAUGCUCCAGCAAUUUAUACAUGGGGUGAGAGUCGUGGUUCAUUUGCACUGUGAGCUCCCAGUUGGAGUAUGCUGCGGGAAGGAAAAUGCUGAAUGAAUGCUACCAAUUUGAUGCUUCAGCUAAGGAACAGCAAAAUAUUAUUUUUUUAAAUUUGAUGAAAAUACAAAUAUGAACAUGCACAUCUCUGAUGAAUGCAGUAAGUAUCCAGGUUUGAAGAAAAGUCUCGACCUGAAACGUCACCCAUUCCUUCUAUGCAGAGAUGCAUCCUGUCCCAGUGAGUUACUCCAGCAUUUUUUGUCCAUCCUUUUUUUCAUCCCAUGGAAGUUUUACUUUUAGGGUUUGAACACCAAAUUUACUUUAAGCUAUUAAAAAUUGAAAUAAUGUGCAAGUUCAGAAAUCAUUCCAAAUAAAUGUCUUCAAAAAUGUACCAA